AUGGUUCUUGAAAUUGAUGUAAAAAUCCUAAAAAGUAAGGAAACUUUGUUGGAAAUGCUUCCUAAAUUAUAUGAAAUUCUCCAAACAGGAAGGACCUUAACAAUUUCUUGGCCUAAAAAUCAAAAAGACAUCUAUUAAGAACAUUUCAAAGAAAAUCAAAAGAUCAAGAAUUCAACUCAAUAUCAGAUUCUUCUUAAUUUAGUAGAUGCAACAUUACCCUAUCCAGAUCUAUAAAGCAAGAUAAUUGUAACUCUUGCCUUAUAUCAUGUGGAGCAAAAGCAAUGUCUUGAAGUUUUGAAGUAUGUCAAGAGACUAUCUCAAAUGAAAAUACCUUAAUCUCUUAGAUAACAAUACCUUUUUGCAUUGAAAUAUUUAAAAACAAAUGUUAAUGAGAUCCAAGAAAUUGAUUAAGUAUAAAUAAUUAUUGAUAUAUUGCUCUACGAAAAUUAAAUAUCCAAAGAGGAACUCAAGCAAUUCUAUGAACAAAAGAAAAUAGAUAUUGAAAAAAAUGAAUAAGUUAAUAUAUGGUUUGUUGAGCAAAUUUGGAAUUACGAAAAGAAUAAUUUUAAACUAUUAGAUAUAUUAUUUCAAUACUAUACUAAUUAAAAUAAUCAUCAAAAGGCAGAAUAGAUAUUCAUAUCCUAUGCAAAUAAAUAGUACCCAUAACAAAUUGGAUUGGAUUAAAUAUAAGGCAAAUUUGAGUUAUGUAAAAAGGAGUAUGAAUAAAAUAUAAUUGAAAUUGAUACUUUGUCUACUAUUUUUGAAGAUAAAAAUCCGACUGAUGAAUCCUUACUUUUACAAUAGCAAUCCUUAUAAUCUAUUACGAGAUUCAUUGAACUGAAAUAAAAAGUGGGCUGUCCAAUAAUUGACAUGGUCUAUUUAUAUUAAAAAUAAGCACAGAUUCAGAAAUCAAAAUCAGAUGUGGAUUCAGCCAUAAAGACACUUAUGCAUUGUUUGGAAUUAAUUAAAGCUGAAAAGCUAGUUAAUUAUAAUGCCAGAAUAAUUUUAUUAGAAUCUCUGUGUUAUGAUCAACUGGGAGAUUAUUAGAGAAUCAAGAAUUUGUUAUAGGAGGCUCUCUAAUCCUUUUAGGACUCGAAUAUUUUAAAAGAAGAAAUUAAGGAUAAAUGUGAUCCGAAAAAAUUAAUUUAUACUAAAAUGUACUUAGCCAGCACAUAUUAUAAAUUAAAAAACUUAGAAAAAUCUCUGGAAGUCUUUUAUUAGGUUUUAAAGAUAUAAUUGCAUGAAGACUAUGAAAGUCAUUUGAUUGGUUCUACCUAAAACAACAUUGCUUCGAUUUUAUUAAAUUAAGGAAAGUUUUUAGAGGCGAAAGAAAUGUGUGAAUAGGCCAUUGAUAACAUAGGUAAAAAGUUCACAGACUCAGAUCCUGUAAUGAAGAAAGUUAAGCAACUUAAGGAGAAGAUAGAUGUAUCAGUAUCUUCACAAAAAACUUAAUGA